AGUAGUAAAUGGAAACUCAGAUCUAUCAGACAUGCAUGACACCGACUCCAAAUAUUAAUUUGUGUAAAGAUAAAAAGUUUUUUUUUACAUUUCGGCGGUUUAAUUUUAUUGUUAAAAAGUUUUUAUUUUAUAUUUUUUUUGUGAAUGUAAUUUUUGUAACAUACAACUGGUGAGUGAACAAUUAAUCAUCCCCUGUUUUCAUUUCUUAGGGUUCCUUUUUUUCCAAAUUCAUAUGGGACCUACCUCAAGGAUUACCCUUCCCAAUAAAAAAAAUAUCAAAAUCGGACUACUGUGUAAAAAGUUAUGCGUGGUCAUACAUAUAUAUGCGACUUGAGAACCUCCUUCGUUUUUUCAUCGGUUAAAAAGCUAGUUUGUUCUCACGUCCGAAAGGGCACUGUAGAAUUUUCAUAGAAACUUUGACGAUGUGAUACGUUAUGGAACUGUCAAAAAUUCGUACUUUGGCCUCUGUAAUUUUCUUUGACCUCAGUUAUCUUUGAAGUGGAGUGGAAGAACUUUCUCAGGCAAGCGCGGGCCGCAAUUAUAAAAGUUGGAGGCUGCCAAUUCUGCAGUAUCUUGUUUUAAAGUAAUAUUUAUAAAAUAUUUUAGUUCUAACCGGCUCGAUUAGAUGUAAAACACCUAUAACCUUAAACCUAAUCUGUAAAUGCACUUAGCUAACAAUUAAACGGCAAUCUAAAUAAAUCACAUUUACCUUAUGCCGCACACGUGUUAAAUUACAUACACAGACAGGGCGCGGUCUAAUGUCUCACCGCUAUUCACUAGCCAAGCAUGUGACCUAAACAUGUCAAACCAUUGCCGAUAUCUAUCUACUUAAGUCAGCACAUUAUCAUCCAUGCCCAUAGGUACAGUCAGAAGCAUAGAUGCAGCUAGGUGAACGUUUUGUCCAAAUAUUAACAGGGGAUAAGGUAACGUCCAUUUUCUUAGAAGAGGCAACAUCAUCAUCAGUCUAUUAAACCAGACUUAAUAUACUGCUUUAAUAUACUGAUAAUGAUGUUGCCCAAACCCAGGCCAUAUAAAGUAUUUAUGUGGCACAGGCCGCCUUUAUUUUUAGGAGGCAAGAUAAAAUGACUGAUUAUGUAUUAAUUCACAUAAUUAUUAACUUCAAAUAAAUAACCUUUUGUUUUAAUACCCAUUGCCCAUAAUAUUACAUUAAUUAACUGUCACUGAUAAAGAGUGUAUCUACAUUUUAUAAUGAAUUGUGAAGACUGCGUCCAAUCGGUGAUGCAGCCUUAUUCCUUCUGCGCUGUCAAUGUUAACUAAAAAGUAGGGCAAACAAGCAAACUAGGACAGUUUCUACGUAUUUAAUUACAUCCGUCAUGCUGUCUCCUUGUAGUAAGCCAUGUGCAUCGUCUCAAGAACUGCAGUUCAAGUGCAACUUUACGGGUACGCUGACAUUUGCCAAUUAAGUGCUAAGUAAAUUAAAAUGUAUCGACUCGAAAGCCAAGCGUUGGUUACUUUUUGGACACUUGUCAACAUUCAAGGACAAAAUUGGUAUGCAGCUACACCGAAUCUCAAUGGAGGUAACGAAAGAAAUCAAUUUACAGAAGCAGAUACCUAUGAGCAUAAAUAUUUCGCGCCUCUAGCAUCAUUACGCUACACAAAUCAAAGUGAAUUUGUUCAGAAAUAUCUACUUACAAACUUCCAAGAUCAGCAGUAUUCACCUCCCACAUAUAACCAAAACAGAGAACACAAUGUUUCAGAUAUAAUAGGUUCUUCAGAUCUCCAGAUUGAAUAUUACAAAACCUAUAGAAAUCAUACACAUAUGCCACUAGAAGUUCUAAAUUACAACAACACUGUAAAUAUUGACAAUAUUAUAAAGAAAACAAGGUCGAAAGGAAGAAUUAUUAAGAGGCGAUGUCCAGAUGCAAAUAUACGAAAAACUAAACGCAUCGAAUCAAAGCAAUCCCCUAGAACACGAUUUUUAGAAGUUUUUCAAGUCGUUGAAUUUGAACAUGUGGCGUGUGUUUCAACUAGUGGUUUAGAAGGAACUUGUCUUCACGAAUAUGAAUGUGAAUCUAGUGGUGGUUCUAUGAUGGGAACAUGCGCCGAUGGUUACGGAACUUGCUGUGUCACUUUGUUCAAAUGCGAUGGCCAAUCUUCGGAGCAGCUAGGAUGGUUUACCAAUCCAGGAUUCCCAUCGCCGAGUUCAGACCGGCUUUCAUGCAGUUUUACACUUAACAAAGCUUCAGAUGACAUCAAACAAAUACGACUGGAUUUCGAGACUUUUGAGUUACUUGGGCCAACAGAUGGAACUUGUCAACAAGAUUUAUUCGUCGUAUCAGGCCAAAAUACUAAUAAUAUAAUACCUAUAUUAUGUGGAAUCAAUACGGGCCAACAUUUAUACGUAGAAGUUGGUGAUACAAAAGGACCGAUAUAUCUCUCGGUUCAAACGUAUGCUCCUGAAAAUAGAUUGUAUUCAAUAAAGGUAUCCCAACUCACUUGGGCGGACGAAUUAGCGUCACCAACGGGAUGUCUUCAAUAUUAUUCGGAAGCACAGGGAUAUAUAGAAUCAUUCAACUCUAAAGACAGGUCCGAAAUAGGGAUACCUAGAAUUCCCAGUUAUUUGAAUAACUUAAAUUACGCCAUAUGUAUUAAUCGUGCACAAGGAACUUGUAGUGUGACCUACACUAACGACGAUUACAUGCAAAUCGUUAACUACGACCUAGAUGGCUUACCAGUAAUACCACAAGGACAAGCAGGGGUAGAGAUUUUCAACUGUCCCAGUGAUUGGCUUUUAAUAGCCGCUACACGAAUAUGUGGCGACCGACUUAACGACGGCUCCGUACUGCAAGACUUCUCAUUGAAUGCUCCUGUCACUGAUACCAGUGCUGGGCCCAUAACAGUGUGGUUCAGAUCUGACGAGGGAUAUGUCGGCAGAGGAUUCAAGCUUCAGUAUAAGCAGAAUUCUUGUAAUAAUCCAGCGUAA